UCAGUGCCGCCGCCAUCUUUGUUGAUGUGUCAGCUCUGCCGGGGUUUGGGGAAUCCGCGACUGACCCAGCUAGGUCUUCGCGGGGUUCCCCGCCGCGGCCUUCCCCCUCCCACUCCCGUCGGUUGGCCCCAGCUAUGGAGAAGCUGACUCCUGAGCCAGAGCUACAGCGGCCUCGUUAGGGUGCGGCCUGAGUCUGGGAGAAGUGGGAUGUGAAACGAAGACCAGAAGCAGAUAUGAAGAGAGGCAGUGUGAAUUGAUACCAGUCAGCAUGUCAGAGAUAGAGCAUGUAGCCUCUACUUCCUCUGAUAAAAAUAUUGGAACAACAUCUGAAUUAAAGGAAGACUCAUGCAACUUGUUUUCUGGUGGUGAAGGCAACAGCUUAGAAAAUGAAUCCAUACUAUUGUCUUCAAAUUUUGAUAAAACUUUAUGUCAGCCUAAUGAACACAAUAAUCAGAUGGAAGCACAGGAAAAUUAUAUUCCAGAUCAUGGUGGAGGUGAGGAGUCUUGUGCUAAAACAGACAUAUGCCCAGAAAAUGCUGAACAAAUAGCUAAUUUUCCUGCUGGAGAUUUUGCGAACCGAGUUUCAAAAACAAAUGAAACAGAACAGACAGUAACACAAAUAUUGACGGAAUUAAGGUCAUCUACGUUUACAGAAGCAGCUGAUCAAAAGUCUUAUUCAGAAAGUCCUUAUGAUACAGACUGCACCAAGAAACUUAUUUCAAGAAUAAAAAACGUUUCUGCAUCAGAGGAUUUGUUGGAAGAAAUAGAAUCUGAGCUAUUAUCUACAGAAUUUGCAGAUGAACACCGAGUACCAAAUGGAAUGAAUAAGAGUGAACAUGCAUUAAUUAUAUUUGAAAAAUGUGUACAAGACAAGUAUCUGCAGCAGGAACAUACCAUAAAGAAGCUACUUAAAGAAAAUAAGAAGCAUCAGGAGCUCAUUUUAGACAUUUGUUCAGAAAAAGACAAUUUAAGAGAAGAAUUAAAAAAAAGAACAGAAACAGAGAAGCAGCAUAUGAGCACAAUUAAACAGUUAGAAUCAAGAAUAGAGGAACUCAAUAAAGAAGUUAAAGCUUCCAAAGAUAAACUAAUAGCUCAAGAUAUUGCUAGUAAAAAUGCAAUUCAACAGUUACACAAAGAGAUGGCCCAUCGGAUUGAACAGGCCAACAAGAAAUGUGAGGAGACACGCCAGGAAAAGGAAACAAUGGUAAUGAAGUAUGUAAGAGGUGAGAAGGAAUCCUUAGACCUUCGAAAGGAAAAAGAGAUACUUGAGAGAAAACUUAGAGAUGCAAAUAAGGAAUGUGAGAAAAACACUAACAAAAUUAAGCAGCUUUCUCAGGAGAAAGGAAGGUUACACCAGCUGUAUGAAACAAAGGAAGGUGAAACUGCUAGACUCAUCAGAGAAAUAGACAAGUUAAAGGAAGAUAUCAACUCUCACAUCAUUAAAGUGAAAUGGGCACAAAACAAAUUAAAAGCUGAAAUGGAUUCACACAGGGAAACCAGAGAUAAACUCAAAGAAACAACAACAAAGUUAACCCAAGCAAAGGAGGAAGCUGAUCAGAUACGAAAAAACUGUCAGGAUAUGAUAAAAACAUACCAGGAAUCAGAAGAAAUUAAAUCAAAUGAGCUUGAUGCAAAGCUCAGAGUCACAAAAGGAGAACUUGAAAAACAAAUGCAAGAAAAAUCUGACCAGCUAGAGAUGCAUCAUGCCAAAAUAAAGGAACUAGAGGACCUGAAGAGGACAUUUAAGGAGGGCAUGGAUGAGCUACGAACACUGAGAACAAAGGUAAAAUGUCUAGAAGAUGAACGAUUAAGAACAGAAGAUGAAUUAUCGAAAUAUAAAGAAAUUAUUAAUCGCCAAAAAGCUGAAAUUCAGAAUUUAUUGGACAAAGUGAAAAUUGCAGAUCACAUGCAGGAGCAGCUUCAAAGAGGUAAACAAGAAAUUGAAAAUUUGAAGGAAGAAGUGGAAAGUCUUAAUUCUUUGAUUAAUGACCUACAGAAAGACAUUGAAGGCAGUAGGAAAAGAGAAUCUGAGCUACUACUGUUUACAGAAAAGCUCACUAGUAAGAAUGCACAGCUUCAGUCUGAAUCUAAUUCUUUGCAGUCACAAUUUGAUAAACUUUCCUGUAGUGAAAGUGAGUUACAAAGCCAGUGUGAACAAAUGAAACAGACAAAUUUUAAUUUGGAAAGUAGAUUGUUAAAAGAAGAAAAACUGCAAAAAGAGGAAGUCCAGACUCUGCAAGCUGAACUCACUUGUAGACGAACAGAAGUUAAAACAUUGAGUACCCAGGUAGAAGAAUUAAAAGAUGAAUUAGUAACUCAAAGACGUAAACAUGCUUCUAGUAUCAAGGAUCUUACCAAACAACUUCAGCAAGCACGAAGAAAGUUAGAUCAGGUUGAGAGUGGAAGCUAUGAUAAAGAAGUCAGCAGCAUGGGAAGUCGUUCCAGUUCAUCAGGGUCCCUUAAUGCUCGAAGCAGUGCAGAAGAUCGAUCUCCAGAAAAUACUGGGUCCUCAGUAGCUGUGGAUAACUUUCCAGAAGUAGACAAGGCUAUGUUGAUUGAGAGGAUAGUAAGGCUGCAGAAAGCACAUGCCCGGAAGAAUGAAAAGAUAGAAUUUAUGGAGGACCACAUAAAACAAUUGGUGGAAGAAAUUAGGAAAAAAACAAAAAUAAUUCAGAGUUACAUUUUACGGGAAGAAUCAGGUACACUUUCUUCAGAGGCGUCUGAUUUUAACAAAGUCCAUUUAAGUCGACGGGGCGGCAUCAUGGCAUCUUUAUAUACAUCCCAUCCAGCAGAUAGUGGGUUAACACUGGAACUCUCUCUGGAGAUCAACCGAAAAUUACAGGCUGUUUUAGAGGAUACAUUACUAAAAAAUAUCACUUUGAAGGAAAAUCUACAGACACUUGGAACAGAAAUAGAACGCCUUAUCAAAUACCAGCAUGAAUUGGAACAGGGGAUGAAGAUCUAACACAGAGUAAACAGAAGCCACCCAAGGAGCAGGUGCUGCUGACCAGUAUUAUUGGAAACUGUCCCCUGCUUUGUGUGUCACCCAGUAGAACAUGUUUUGCUUCAUCUGUACAGAAAGUAUCCUUUCACAAUAUAAAUGCAUUCUUGUGUAUACUGAAAGAAUAUAAGCUUUGAUGACAUUUGUUUUUGUAUGGUGCAAUACAGCAGCCUAUUAUUGAAUAAAGAAAACUUAAUUUAAUUGCUAACAGUCAUAUGAAGUGCUGAAUAUUACUACAAGGGCUUUUAAAACCCCUUUUCCGUAUUUCUUUCCCUUAAAGUAUAUAAUGUCAAAAAUGAGUCAGUAUUUUAAAAUUAUGCAUGAAAACACAAGUGUUACUCAUUCAAUAAGUAACAUGCUAUUCCUCCAACAUCAAGAAAUCUAAAGAAAUGAUAAAAUUUCUAAUACUUUGAAAUUCAGAUGAUAACAUUUGAUAAUGUUUUAGGGAUGCAUAUGAGUACUUAAAUCUCUUCAUUGUAAUUUUAGUUUUAAGGACAGCUAAAUUCACUAGGAAAGCUAAAUAUUGAUAACCAGCAAUGAUCAUGAAUUGUCAUGCCUCUGUCCAAUAUCUGCUAGGUAGCUUCCUUUUUAAUUUUUGUGAUUUAUAGUGUAAAACAUAUUUUCAGAUUCCAAUUAUUUGAGUUAGUAGUUAAAUUUUUAAAUCUUCAAUUAUAUAAAAUAGGGUUUUAAGUAACAUGUUCAUUUAGAAAAUUACUGUGGACUUCAGUUAUAUUUUCAAAUCUGAAAUGGAUCCAAUCAUUAGAACAGAGAGAUGAAUAGUCAACUAUUUGAAACUGAAAUAUAUUAGUUUUACUAACAUCAAAUGUAAAGAUAAAUGUAAUAGUGUUUUAAGAUAUUUAUGAAGAACCAGUUCCCAUGAGAAACCAGCAUAUGACACUGUAAACCAUUUCAUUUGAGCACUAUUCUUUCCUAUUGAUAUAAUUGCAUAUUGUAGUGAAACAAUCAUACAGUUCCCUGAAAGAAAUGUGAUCUAUUUUUUUAUUUAGUACACAAAAUAAUUACAUCUCCAAAACCAAAGGAAUUUUGGAGCCAAAUGUAUGUAUCUGUCAGAUUUUUAUAAUACUUUAUUUAAGAUCUGCCAUUAAAAGUUGUCUGCCAGACAUAAUAUCAAUAUUAGUCAUUGAAUUUUUUUCACCACUUAUGAUUUCUCACAUACUAUGAUUUCUGCAUGUGAUUUUUCAUAUUUCAUUAUAUUCAUAUCAUUUCUGUAAUAGGAUACUUGGCCUGUGUGCAGAUAUUGCAGCAAGCCUCAUUUUAUUCUUAACUUGUAAUUUUGAAAUAAUUUCAAACUUACAGGACAGUUGCAAAAAUAAUAUAAAUCUCGUAUACGGAGAACUCCAACAAACCCACCUCACUCUCCCAGAUGCUCAGAUCCACCAAUUUUAACAUUUUGCUGUCUUUGCACUAUCAUUCUAUCUUUUUUUUGUUUCUGUCUAUCUCUGUCUUCUAUGCAUCUAUUUUCUGAACAUUUAAGAGCAGGUUGCACACCUCUAACUCCUUGAACACAUAAUACUUUCAUGUAUGUUUCCUACAAGCAAGGAUGUUCACUUGUGUAGUACCUUAAAUGCAGCUGCCAAAUAAAGAAAUUUAACAUCAGUAGAAAGCUUACAGUGAAUAAUCUAAUUUUUUCUUAUGUCCCAAUAAUAUUCUUUCAAGCCUUUUGUCUUCCAUUCUUAGAUCCCAUCUGGUAUCAUGUAUUAUAUAUAAUUGUCAUUAUCUCUUUAGUUUCUCAUUUUUUUUUUUAAUUCUGGCAAUUUAUAUACCACAUAAAUCUUCCCAUCCCAAUCCCUCCCAAACCUACCAACUAGUGGGAUUAGUCACAUUCACAGCGUUGCAGUGCCCUCACCACCAUCCAUUGCUAGAACUUUUUCCUUCAACCCAAAGAGGAACCCUACAUUCAUUUGCUUUAACUCCUCCCUGUCCCUGCUCCCACCCCCGAUAAUCUGUACUCUGCUUUCUGUCCCUGUAAUUUUGCCCAUUCUCUGGUAUUUUCUUUGUGGUUACCAUGGGGAACAAGCCUCAUUUUUGUUUUGGACUUUUUUUUUAUCCUUUUCUCCCCUUAAGGGAAGUUAGUGUUGGGGUUAAAGAAUUGUAUGGGCUCUAAAAGUUGGACUCAUAGUGACAAUGUCCCUUUAAUAUGUUUUAGCAUUUUUAAAAUCAACUUUAACACUAUUUAAAAAGAUAGUGUAUUUACUAAAGAUUAGACAAUUCCAUGUGGUGUCAUAUUUUUUCUGUAUUGAGUUAUAUGUUAUCCAAAAGCAAAUAUCAUCUUAUCACUUCAGAAUGAAAGUAUAGGUUCAAAGAAAUUUUAUUUUUAAAAGUUACAAAAGCAUUAGUGAUACUAUAAUGUGUCUUGUUCUUUUUACCAAUAAUUUAUCAAAAUAAAAUAAGAGGGGAAGUGCAAUCAAAUCUGAAUCAUUUUCCCAUUUGUUUCUAGACAUACUAUUGACACUCCUAAAGACUAUUUAGAGAGCCAACAUAACUAAAUUUUCCCGGCUUCUUACGUGGUACGGAUUCGUAAACUACAAUAUUUGUUUUAUUCUCCAAGACAAAUAUGUUAUAGACUACACAGUGAUCAGAUCCAUCAGGUCUUUUGUCUAUACACUUUUAAAUCUAUAUACAUAUACAUUUAUUAAAGAAAAACAUGCCAGUAUUAACAUUUGUGGCUCCAUCCACUUGCAGAUAUUUAAUGAUGAAUGAAUUUUAGAAGAAAGUCAUUAUAAAACAUAUUUUGACUGUUGUAAACCUCCCCCCUCCAUAAAUGUAAGAAACUAAGGAAGUCUUUUGGAAAAAAAAAUGCUUUAUUUUCCUUUUGUUCUUCUGUAUCUAAUGUAUCCUUUUGUAUAUGAGUCAGGAUUGAGUGAAAACAAUGUAAUAUAUGUCAGAUAUCUCUGUACUGAUUUACAAACAAUUCCCGAUAUAAGGAUUUAGAGGGCUUCUACCUCUUACUAUAUUGAAUUUAUGAAGAGAAAAAUGGAGUGUCUGAAAAAGGAAAAUGGUUGGGAUAAAUGUGAGAUCUGGGGGAAAUUUUAUUAUAUGUGUUUAUUUUCUUAACUGUAUACAUCAAAGACUGUCUUGAUUCGAUAGCAAUAUUUUGGUUUCUUUGAGAAGGAAAUGAUUUAUGUGCUUGUGUAUAUGUGUACACUUCAGAUGGUUUUUAUAACUUUGACUCCCUUUGUCCCAUAUUACUUCCAAUUUCAUCCUAUUAAGUUUUAAGAAUUGAAAAUAGUAGGUUUGGACAGAAGAAUGAGAUUGCACUUUUUUUUUGUUUUUUGGUUUAGUUUUGAUUUUUUAACUUUGAUCUUCAUAACCAUUUAAAAUGAUUAGGCUUGGAAUUAAAUUUUAUCACACUACUAACAUGUAAUUUAUCCAUUUAUUAAGUGCAUCUAUUGAGCACCUACUAUCGCUAGGCACCAUUCAGGACAUUGUUAUUGUACUGGUGACCAGACAGGGCAGUUCUCCCACAUCUGGGGCUCAUGUUCUGUAGAAAAUAGCUGGGAGGCCAUAGGAUUAGGUCUUUGGUCCUCUGCAGCUCAUGGCCAGUCCCUUGUAACCAGGCUGGAAGAGGGUUAAUCCAUGUGUGCAAGGAGAUAGCCCAGAAAUCUCUCUUGGACCUGAAGCUUUGGGGAAAUGAAUUCUUGCUGAAGUAUGCUGAAAGCAGAUUGCUGUUUUCAUGGUGGUUUUGCACAUUUCCUAACUUUUUCACAGUUUGAGGUUUAAUUAAUGCUUUAAGAAAAGGAAAAAAAAAAAAAAUCCAAAGACCAUAAAAUGGCAUUAGAAUUUUGCCACUUUAGUAAAUUAUUAAUGCCUUUGUUAUGCUUAUAAAGAUAAUCUAAUCAUGUUGUCAUAUGUGUUUCUAAACUUUGUUUUGCAAUAUAUGAAUUAUUUUCUAAAAAUUUUUACAUGUAAAUUUAGGCCUAGAUUUACCAGUAGAAGAAAAACAUAAGACAUCGUUAAUAUUGCAAAUGUUAUAUAUGCCACCCUGGGUGAAAAUAUUUUUAUAAAUCACGUUGUCAUUCAAUAUAGUUAAUUUGCCUCAUGAAUGUUAACUCCAGUAGCCUAUUUUCAAUAACCUUUUUUUAAAAAAAAAAUUCUUUUUUAAUACUAAAAUUGUUAAUUUUUAACUAAUACCAGUUGGUGGCACUAGAAACCUGAAAUUUUUCCAGGCUGAAGAAAUGAAAAAGUAUCCAAACAAAGAAUUUUCAGAAAAAUAAGAGACAUAUGUGUAUAUUAAAGAUAUAUUUUUCUUCUGGAAUGGAAUUCUUUUUAAAAAUGCAUGUGACUGUCCGUUUUGAUUGUAGUAAUGAAACUUAUCUUCCAAAGUUCAUAUAUAUAUAUGUGCACUGUACAGAUAACCUUUGAUUAUACUGUUCAUUUUGUAAAUGUUUCUGUAUGAAAUGAAGCUUCUCAAAAGGGUUCUAUGUAUAUAUUGUACUUAUUAAAUAGGUAAUAUCUGUUAUACCAAA